AAAAAAAUUCCAAUAUCUAAUCUUCUUGUUAGAAGUUCACGUCAAUUGGCCUUUUUUAUUGAUAAGAUUCUUCAAUUCUCUUUCUCCCUCUCUUCCUCUAUUCAAGAGCUGCUUAUCUGAGCAGUAAUGGCUUCCGCGUCAAUGUUGAACUCACCUUGUAAUAUUGGAGCUGUGAAGUUUGAGGUGAAAGUGAAGCCAUCGCCAAAUUUGUUUUGUGCACGGCCCUGUAUUUGGUUGAAUCGGAGGAGGGUGUUGACCAUAAGGGCUAGCAGUGAAGGGCAUGAUAAUGGGUCCGGUUCAGGGCCCUUGAGAAAGAUGGGCUUGACUGAUGAGGAGUGCGAGGCUGCUGUGGUUGCUGGAAAUGCGCCUGAAGCUCCUCCAGUUCCACCAAAGCCGGCUGCACCUGCCGGUACUCCUGCUGUGUCUUCACUGCCAAUUAAUAGGCGACCACGCCGUAAUCGUAAGUCUCCAGCAGUUAGGGCUGCAUUCCAGGAAACAAAUAUAAGCCCUGCGAAUCUUGUAUAUCCACUAUUUAUUCAUGAGGGUGAAGAGGACACACCUAUUGGAGCAAUGCCUGGAUGUUAUAGGCUUGGAUGGAGGCAUGGUCUUGUUGAAGAGGUCUCAAAGGCGAGGGAUGUUGGCGUCAACAGCAUUGUGCUCUUCCCAAAAGUGCCAGAUGCUUUAAAGACCUCUACAGGAGAUGAAGCAUACAAUGAAAAUGGAUUAGUGCCUCGAGCUAUACGGUUGUUGAAAGACAAAUACCCUGAUCUUGUUAUCUACACUGAUGUUGCUUUGGAUCCAUAUUCAUCUGAUGGGCAUGAUGGCAUUGUCAGAGAAGAUGGAGUUAUCAUGAAUGACGAGACUGUGCAUCAGUUGUGCAAGCAGGCGGUUGCCCAGGCCAGAGCAGGAGCAGAUGUUGUCAGUCCGAGUGACAUGAUGGACGGUCGCGUGGGAGCAAUUCGAGCAGCUCUUGAUGCUGAAGGGUUUCAGCAUGUCUCUAUCAUGUCCUAUACGGCAAAGUAUGCAAGCUCGUUUUAUGGACCUUUCAGAGAGGCUUUAGAUUCAAAUCCACGUUUUGGAGACAAGAAAACUUAUCAGAUGAACCCUGCAAAUUACAGAGAAGCACUAGUUGAGCUGCAAGCAGAUGAGUCUGAAGGAGCUGAUAUUCUUCUUGUUAAACCAGGUUUGCCUUAUUUGGAUAUUAUAAGGCUUCUUCGGGAUAAAUCUGCCUUGCCCAUUGCUGCCUAUCAGGUUUCAGGUGAAUAUUCGAUGAUUAAAGCAGGUGGGGUUCUGAAAAUGAUUGAUGAAGAAAGGGUUAUGAUGGAAUCAUUGAUGUGCCUUCGACGAGCUGGAGCUGACAUCAUCUUGACCUAUUUUGCUCUGCAAGCUGGUAGAUGCUUGUGCGGAGAGAAGAGGUGAAAGCUAGCCGUACCAUAAAAGGAACGUGCAUGUGUACCAAGAAGAAUUUUGAGCGAGCUCUAUAGAUUAGUUGAUGUGAGUUUAUUUUUCAAAUGUAGCCUGAAUUUGACUAUCUUCUUUCACUAUUGUCUAAUUUUCUUGCUAACUCAAGCACGAAUGAGUUUAGAUUAUUUGAGUGAGCUUUAGAGGGAGGCUAUUGUCUCUUUGUAACCAUUUUGUGCAUUAGUUGUUAUAUUAUUAUUUAUAAAAUAAUAACAGAUCAGUAAUUUGUUUAAACUUCCACAAUUUGGCAGUA